AUGGGCCUUCACCAGCGACACACCCACGGACGCGUCUUUCGCGGCGAAGAUGCGCGCGAGCAACUCAUGAUCCGCAAGCGCGACCUCCACGACGACAGGAUCAGAAUGCACGUGCCUGAUGGGUUCGACGACGAGCAGGGUUCGGACAGCGGCGGAGCGUCAGUUGUCUACGUGACGCUGCCACAGACCUUCGAUGGACCAGCAGUCUACUCUACCUUGACUGGCGAGUACGAUCCGGAGGCGACCGUCCCUGCGAGGACGACAGAUGCUGUGGGCGGUGGGCCCAACUUCUACACCGGACCUGCAUCGACUUCGAGUGCCACCAGAACGAAGGCCAGUGACGAUGACGAUGAUGAUGCCGCUCCCACCUCGACCAUCGUCCCAAUUAGCAGCAAGCAGCAGACUACCUUCGCGACUGCAACAUCUACCGGUGGCAGGUAUGUUGGUGGCACGCCUAUCCAGGCCACUAGUGCUGCUACUUCUGCUCCGGCGACUGCCGACUCCUCGAGUGAAGGAAUGACAGGGGGCGCCAAAGCCGGUCUCGCAUUCGGCAUCAUCGCCAUCAUUGCCUGCGCUGCCGGUCUUGUUUACUUCUGCUGGAGAAGGAAGAAGCCUGCCAAACCUGAUGCCAUGAACGAGAAACACGGUAGCUUUGCCGAUGUGGGGGCACGAAGGGCUGAGGCGAACGGUGGCCUUUCUGGUGGCAUGUCUGGUGGUAUGAACCCUGUCGCAUUUGCUCCAGGCGCCGGUAUGGCUGCUGGUGGCGCAUCUGCCGGCAUGGCAGCUGCUGCCGCCAACAAGCGCAGCUCGACCAGCACCGAACAUUCGACCCGCACUGCCUCCACCGCACCACGUCUAAGCCUGCGUCCUGUCACUCAAUUCUUGCCCAUGCUUGGCGACAACAAGAACAAUGGACUCGCCAACUCUAACGAAAAGCGCAACUCGUCAUGGGAACGAACUCCAUCGAACAACGGAUCAGAUCCAUUUGCCGACGCCACUGUGAUGUCCGAAAAGCAAGCUCGUGCCGACAGCCCUCCAGCCAACCCCUUCGAUGAACAACGACGCUCCAACGAGUCCGGCAAUGGAGCAGCUGCCGCCGUAGGUGCUGUAGCUGCUGCGGGUGCCAUUGCUGCCCACGGCCACCGCGACAGCGAACCGUCAACGCCUAGAUCAGCUCACGCCGGCCCGCCAGGAGGUGCCCGAGGUCCACCACCACCAGGACAGCCAAACAAUGUGCAUCGUGUGCAACUCGAUUUCAAACCUAGCAUGGACGAUGAGCUCGAGCUCAUUUCCGGUGCCCUGGUCCGCUUACUGCACGAAUAUGAUGAUGGAUGGGCGCUCUGUAUCACGAUGGACCGCAGCAAGCAAGGCGUGGCCCCACGCACAUGCCUGUCUAAGCUCCCCGUGAAACCACGACCACAAGGUCCGCCACCGCCAGGAGGCUGGCGCCCAGGUACUCCAAAUGGUCAGCAGCGUGGCCCGCCUCCUCCACAUGGCCCACCACGAGGCCCAAUGGGCCCUCCUGGUGCCAUGCAACCACGUCCGCUAACACCAUCAUCUGCUCGCUCUGCAUCCCCAACUGAGCAGAGACCAAUGACAGCACGAUCGAAUGGAUCGAAUGGUCCUACGUCUCCACCGACCGGCUCCCAAGUGCCAACAAGGAAGCCGGUUCCUGGUCAGGCGAUGUAG